AUGGAGGCUAAGUACUCAAAGGGCGUACACCAUAUUGAAAUGGUUCAUACUUCGGCCUCGGACAACAUUUUAUCCUUAAAAAGUCAUACAGAUGGAACUCAAGGUGAGAACAGUAUUGAUAAUGAAUCCUUAAUGAAUAAUACAGUGGGAAUGACGGAAGGCAAUGCAUAUAGUAUAGACAACGAUAGUUCAGUUUUGGUUUCUGGAUCCAAAGAUCUAAGAAAUGAUAUUUUGUCUUUAGAUAAACGCGAAACAAUAACGAAAGGAGAAAUACAGUCCAUAUCCCCUCAAGAAAAGUUAGAACGCCAACGAGCAAUGCGUAGGAAACGUGAUAAUGCAUAUAGAGCUAGGAAAAGGGCGGCAGAACUUACUAUUGAUCCUGAUAUGGAACAAUUCUUUGCUAUUCUAAACACUGUUAAGGAAUCGCAGAUCAUUUCUGUUAAAUAUGAUGCUGCUUCGCUAUCAAUGUCAUUAUUUCCUAGAGUUUUACUAAACAAGUCAGAUAGCGAUGAAGCUGCUCUAUACAAAUCAGCAUUUGACAAUUUUAUAGAGAUUAUGCGUACGAAAAUCAGGAGCAUAAGCGGCAUUAAGUUAAGCAAAGAGAGGACUUCCGUCCACGUUACAUCAAUAUCAUGUGUAUUAUAUUGUUCUCAAGAUAAGAGUCAUCAGCGGUUAGUUCAAUCAAAGGACGUGAAGAAGACGCACAGUAUAGGUAAUUUUAAGCAAUACCAUUGCCAGUCAUAUAUGAGAGUCAAUUAUUCAUUUAAAACGCACAUAUUGUCAAUAAAGUUUAGACAUAUAAAACAUCAGAAUCAGCAAAAGCCAGCCUAA